CUGCUAUGCAAAUUCAGCCUCUGCUCUUAUACAGGGUGAUGGCCCCGCAGCAGCCAGGGACAAGGCAUAGGUGAGCGUGGCAGAUCCCUACAGAGAGGCACAAACAAAGCAGAGGAGGCAGAAAACAGAAGGCAGAGGAGAGGGGACAGUCACAUGACACUGGGGGACAGGGUAGAGAUGACAGUUAGUUAGAGCAGAUCAAAGCUCCAAAGGAAAGUUUCAAGAAAAGAAACAGAAAAGAGAAAGGGAAAGAGUGACGGAAAGAGGGGUAGGUAAGCAGUGGCUAAGGCAGCAGAUUUCUCCAACAUCCCCUCCCUGCUGCCAAACCAAAAACACAGGAAGCCGUGGGUUUCCUUUAUUGUCUCUAAAAGUCCGGUUGGGCUGGGGCACUGGAGCCUGACUCAGAAAAGCACAUGGGACAGGGUCAUUGGCCUCUGUUUACAACAUGCCUUCCUGCAUCCCAAAAGAAAUCAGCCCACGGUGACAUGCAACCCAAAGAGCCGACCGAAAACGCCAUCCUCAACUCCCACAAAGUGCACAUCAUCCGGGAUGACCCCACCGAAAACCUGCGCAAGUUCAAGAGAAGGAAGGCGCUGGUGGAGACCAAGAAGAAGCUUUCCGCCUGGACCAUACUGGUGGCGCUCUUGGGGAUUGUUCUCAUGGUGGUGCACACUGAGGUGAUGUGGUACUCCAACUGUCAGUGGUUUCCAUACCUUUUCUUGGUGAAGUGCAGCGUAAGCAUCUCAACAGUAAUCCUGAUUAUUCUGAUCAUUGCCUUCCACCUCAAGGAGAUUCAGAUCUUUAUGAAUGACAAUUCCUUGCAAGACUGGCGCAUUGCUGUAAAUGUGAAGAAUAUUGGUUGGAUCCUACUGGAGGUUGCGGUGUGUGCCAUACAUCCCUUCCCAUAUGAACUACAGUGUGUGGAGGAACAGGGAAGCAACUCUGAAAGACAGGCAUUGGAGUUCCUCUCUGAAGUAGACAUAUUUCUGUCUAUUCUCAUGUUCCUACGAGUCUAUCUGUUACCCAGAACUGUUCUUCUCCAUAGCCGCAUGCUGGGGGAUACCUCGUACAGAAGCAUCGGCUCCCUCAACAAGAUCAAAUUCCAGUACAAGUUUGUGAUGAAGGUCUUGAUGAACACAUGCCCUGGCAAGGUCCUCCUCAUAUUGUCCAUAAGCCUCUGGAUUGUCUCCUCCUGGGUUCUGUCUGUGUGUGAGAGGAACAACGUUCCCAACGGAGAUAUGGCCAGUGCCUUGUGGCUCAUCCCCAUCACCUUCUUAACCAUUGGCUAUGGGGACAUGGUGCCAAAAACCAUUUGUGGCAAAUUGGUGUGCCUGUCUACUGGAGUUAUGGGGGUUGGUUGCACCGCUCUCAUCGUUGCAGUGGCUGCUCAGAAACUGGAGUUCACAAAGGCUGAAAAGCACGUUCACACCUUUAUGAUGGAUAUACGUUACAUGAAGCAGAUCAAAUGCGCUGCUGCUAAUGUGCUUGGGGAGGCAUGGCUUCUGCACCGACACACUAAGAAAGAAGACCAGGCUAAAACCCGGCAGCACCAGAGGAACCUGCUUACAGCCAUUCAUGUGUUCCGUCAUCGUCGAAUAAGCCACAAAAAUCUGAAGGAUCAGAUGAAUGCCAUGGUGGACAUUUCCAAGAUGCAGAUGAUCAUGUACGACCUAGACUUAAACUUCACCUCAUCGCACAGAGAACUGGAGAAAAGGAUCGACCAGCUAGACAAGAAACUGGAUGAUAUCAGUCGGCUCAUCGUGACGACCAUAGAAUCUUCACAGCUUUCCCACUGACCUUGUAGAGGGGGGACUCUGGAGUUCCUGGAUCAUUCUUGAGUUUCUUUCUUGAAGUUUGUUUACCACUUUAGAAUUAUCUUCCAUUUACAUUCCCCUUCGUUGUUUGAAGGGUUUAACGAAAUAGUGCUUUACCACUGAAAAAAAUGGCUGCUGAUGGAACUCAUCUCAUAGGGUUCAUUUUACUUGAUUAUAUCACUUUAUAUCUUGAUGAAGCAUCGUGUUUCAUUUAGCUGAGUCUUACUGGACCUGGGUAGACUAGAAUAAACAAUGCAUAUUUAUAUAUAUAUACCAAUUGUAAAGAGGAAUUGAUUCCUAGUUUACAUCAAUGGGAGAUUCGAGGCACUUAUAAAACAUUCCUGAUCACCAGCGUUUGUUCUACCACUUGGGACGGGUGUUCAUGGUAAGAAGACCUUGAGCUUGCCAUGCCUACUUUAUUCUCUUUGCUGGCAAAGAGCCCAGCUCUUUUUAUCACUAAACAUGAGCCCUGUCUUCGAGGAGCACUUAUUUCAAGAAUAAUAUGGUGGUAUAUAUGUUAAUUUUAAUAUGAAGUAGUUCUAGUGCUAUCCUAAAUCUGUGCUCCUAUUGUUUCCAAGAUUUUAAGUCCCUUUCAGAUAGCUUCUUCGAGAGGUUGAUGUACUUGUUGUACUAGUAGAGGCAUGGACAACCAAUGGUGGUCUAAAAUUCACAAUGUGAAUUGAGGGUUUAAAAUUAAAAAACAUCUAAAGGGCUGUAAGUUGGCCAACUCAUGUGAAAAAUGGAUGGAGAAAGCAAGUGGGCUUUCAGGUGUUAAACCUUUGGAGGCUGAUGAGUAUCACACUCUGGCAACUCCUCCAGCCACCACAGUGAGGACAGAUUAUGGAGAACGCUAACUAAAACAAAAAAAAAAGAGAGAUGAACAGAAGUAAUACGCAAAUAUGAAACGAAUUAUAGCCAUAAAUGUAGUGCCUUAGAGGAGACAAAUAUACAUAUCUAAAUAUAUACAUAUAUAUAAAAUAUAUGUAUGUAAUAUUAUAUUAUAUAUACAUAUAUUUCGCUGUAUGUCUUUAGAACCAAUGACAUGAGCAUUAUUGAGUUCUAGAGGUGGUCUCUCAGUUUAAAUACAAACUACAAUGAGAUUGUUAGCUGGCUGGGAUUUUCAUGUUAUUGCCAUUAUUUACUAUUUUUGAAUGUUCUAAUAUAGAUUAUGGCCAUUUGCCCUUAAGUAGUUAUAUUUAAUGUGCCUUAUUACUAUUGCCAGCAUCUGUACAGUCACGUCUUGUAUAUAAAAUUCAUUUGUAUAUUUUGCAAGAAUUAUAAAAUAAAAAAAUUGACAAAUUG